AUGCGUAAAUACUCAUGUAUUCUGGGAAUAGAAACGUCGUGCGACGACACAGGAUGUGCUAUUAUUAAUGAUAGUGGACAUUUAUUAGCAGAGUCAUUACAUUCGCAAAAUUUGGUACAUUUGCGUAAUGGUGGAAUCAUACCUGAUGUUGCUCAAGAUCUUCAUAGAAAAUAUAUUGAGCCUAUAGUGCAUACAACAUUGAAGGCAGCUGACUUAACCAUAUCUGAUAUAACUGCAAUCGCUGUUACAUUAGAGCCAGGACUUCCAUUAAGUCUUGCAAUAGGUAUGAAAUAUGCAAAGCACUUAGCAAGGAACUUUAAUAAGCCCAUUAUACCUAUUCAUCAUAUGCAAGCACAUGCUUUAGUUGCAAGGAUGCAACAUGAUAUUACAUUCCCAUAUUUAACCUUACUUAUAUCUGGAGGACAUUGUUUACUUGUUGUAGUUCAAGAUGUUAAUAAAUUUCAGUUAUUAGGUGAAAGUAUGGACUGUGCACCAGGAGAAGUUUUUGACAAAGUAGCUAGAAGAAUGAAGCUACGUAAUAUACCAGAAUAUUCACAAAUGUGUGGAGGCCAGGCUGUUGAGGUGGCAGCAUCGAAAGCAAAAAAUCCACAUAUGUUUAUACUACCUCUCCCAUUAACACAAUAUAAAGAUUGUAAUUUUAGUUUUAAUGGAAUAAAAACAUCGGCACUUUAUCAUAUUUUUAAGAAAGAAAGAGAUCACAAUAUAGCAGCGGACAAAUUAAUUCCAGAAGUCAAUGAUUUAUGUGCAGCUAUAUUAAUGUCUGUUUCUCGACAUUUGGUCCAUAGAACUCAAAGAGCUAUAGAGUUUUGUGAAAGAAACAAUUUGAUACCUGCUGAUAAAAAACAGUUAGUAGUUUCUGGCGGAGUAGCAUGUAACAACUAUAUUUUUAAUACCUUAACAAUGCUAUGUAAUGAAUUUAAUUACCAAAUUUUAAGGCCUAAGCCAAAGUUAUGUACAGAUAAUGGAAUAAUGAUUGCUUGGAAUGGUCUAGAAAAAUGGAGGAGAAACAUAGAUAUAGUUACAGACUUGAGUAGUUUAGAUAUAAGAGCUAUUAGUCCUAUAGGUGAAAACCUUGUUGACAAAGUUAUUGAAGCACGAAUACCAAUAAAAAUAGUAAAAUUAAAGAUGACAUUA